AUGACGUCCGCAACCCCUCCAAAACACCAGACUCUUGAGAUCCUGGACCUCAGCUCCCCGCCAGCAUUCACCAAGCCCUCGAAGCGCAUCAACGAAGGCCCCGACGUCGCACGCUUCCUCACCAGCCUCGCCUACCGCGAUAUCGGAAUCUUCAUCCUCCAGCUUAACCGCGCCUUAUGUCCUCGAAACCAACCAUCGUCACCCCUCCCCCGCACCUUUCCCCUCAAUUCGAAACCGCCGGCAUCGCCGUCCGUCCAAGCUCUACAGAACCUUUUGACAAAGGUUGAAAGCUUCAUCGGCCAAGCACCACCCGACCCCGGUCCUCGACGAUUUGGAAAUGUUAGCUUCCGAAAGUGGUAUGCUAUCUUUGAGGAGCAUUUGGACGAGCUGUUGGGAGAAGGGCUUCUAGGUGAAACACUCAAAAUUGGCGAUGGAAAGGCGAAAGAAGAAGUCUCUAGCUACCUUCUUGGUGGUUUCGGUAGCGUCCAAAGACUAGACUACGGAACAGGGCAUGAGCUCAGCUUCAUAGCAUUUCUUGGUUGUCUAUGGAAGCUGGGAUACUUCAAAGAUGGACAGCAAGGAGGUGAGAUCGAGCGCGAGAUUGUCCUCAAGGUUAUCGAACCAUAUCUCAACGUGGUGAGGAAACUCAUCCUAACUUACACUCUUGAACCCGCUGGCUCACACGGCGUCUGGGGCCUCGACGAUCAUUCCUUCAUGCCCUACGUAUUCGGCUCUGCACAACUCACACGGCCUAUAAACGAUGACGAACCAAUGCCCUUGGAGGGAUCUGUAAAGGGUGCGCCGAAGCCUAGCGACGUUACCAAAGCCGCAGUUGUGGAGGACCAGCGACAGAUCAAUAUGUACUUUGCUGCCAUUGGCUUCAUCAACGACGUUAAGAAGGGCCCAUUUUGGGAGCACAGUCCCAUUCUCUUUGAUAUCUCUGGUAUUCGAGAUGGUUGGGGCAAGAUCAACAAGGGCAUGAUCAAGAUGUUCAACGCCGAAGUUUUGUCCAAGUUCCCAGUUGUCCAGCACUUCCCGUUCGGUUCACUCUUCUCUUGGGACGCUGAUCCAGAUGCUGCAGCUCCAACACAAAGCGUCCAUAUGGCGAACCAGCCAACCACAGCAGCCCCAGUACCUUCAGGACCCGGAACAACUGCGCCAUGGGCUCAAGCUGCCAGAAUACCAGUCCCACCGUCAGCCGGCAUUCCCUAUACUCGAAUGCCACCUCCAGGACCGAGUUCAGGGUCACUUGCUAGGCCACCUCGAGGCGCUGCACCGACAAGUGAAUCUACAAGCGCACAAAUCACUGUUACCAAAACACCAUGGGCUAGAGAUUCAUAG